GAAAGAUCAGAGGAAAACCAGUACGCAUUGGUACAAAAGCAAGAAUGGGAAUUGGAUUAUUCUUCACUGGGCUCUCGAUGGUAAUUUCUGGUGUUGUAGAGCGCGUUCGACGAAGAAAAGCAAUCGAGCAAGGGUUCCUCAAUGAUCCACAAGCAUUGGUAGACAUGUCUGCCAUGUGGCUUGUGCCGCAAUAUGUUGCGGGAGGCUUCGCAGAGGCUUUUAAUGCGAUUGGCCAAAUAGAAUUCUAUUAUUCUGAGUUUCCCAGAACCAUGUCAAGUGUUGCAUCGUCUCUAUUUGGACUAGGAAUGGCUGUGGCAAAUGUAUUGGCAAGUGCUGUACUAAGCACUGUCGAUAGAUACACCAAAGGAGAAGGAAAAGAGAGUUGGGUUUCAAGCAAUAUCAACAAGGGUCGUUAUGAGAACUACUACUGGCUUCUUUCUAUCUUGAGUUGUGUUAAUUUGAUUUGCUUCAUUAUCUGUAGCUGGGCUUAUGGACCUUGUGCUGAUGAUGUCAAAAGGGAGGAUGACAUUGAAGGGAAUGAAUUGGAAGAAAUAUCACAAUUGAGACCGAGGACACCACUAAGAGUGAUGCCGGCUUGAUUUCGAAUGCCUGCUGGAGUUGAGCAGUUUAUUGAUCAAUAACAUAGUAAGCAUGUACAGCAAAUACUUGCACGCCAAUUACCAAAUAUGUAUCAGAAAACCCUAGCUCUAAAAUUUUCAUUUCUUCAA